UCAUAUUCCUUUAUUUUAUGGUUUGUCAUCAUCAACAUAUUUGGAUUAUCUCUUUAAUAUCAUUGCUGCAUUCAUCUGGGAAUCAAUUCUACUAAUGUCUCAAGAAAAGAUGAAAGAAGAAGAUAUAUCCUAUACAAAUAUCAAAACCAAAGAUCAUGUGUUACUCGAUAUCGUGCAAGAAGAAGAAGAUCUUGUACAAUCAAUUGGCGAAAAGAUGAAAAAUAUCUCAAGUUUUCAUUGUAUCAACAGAGUUCCUCUAGAAAUAAAAAAGGGAAGUGAAAAUAGUUACUCUCCUAAAUUAGUCUCGAUAGGUCCUUUUCAUCAUGGAGUUGACACACUUAAAAACAUGGAGGAACAAAAGUGGUGUUAUCUCAACACGCUAGUUAGUCGAAAACCAAUAAACACACAACCCAUUUUAGAGAAUUGUGUGAAAGCACUUAGAGAUUUAGAGGAGAAAGCAAGAAAAUGCUAUGGAGAAAACACAAUUGAUCAAAUUGGAAGUAAUGAAUUUGUCCAAAUGAUGUUGCUUGAUUGUGGCUUUCUCAUUGAGCUUUUUAUCAAGCUUGCUUUAAAGGGUUAUCGACGUAGAGAUGAUAUAUUCUUUAGCAAUUACGAGAUGUUUUUUCGUUUAAGAUGUGACUUAAUUCUACUCGAAAAUCAAAUCCCCUUUUUUGUUCUACACCAAAUAUUUCACUUAGUUCCAAUUCCUAAAGAAUGUAAUUAUUCCCUUAUUCAACUUGCUUUACUCUUCUUUAGAAAAUUAAUUCCAGGUGAAGGACUCAUUACUAUAGAGAAAUUUGGCCCUAAAGUUCACCAUUUAUUGGACUUGGUUCACCAAUGUUAUCUUCCAACAAUUCCUCAAAUUCAACCAAAUGGGGUACAAAAGCAUUUGCACAAUGUACUACAUCUUCAUGCUGUAGGGAUCAAGUUCAAGAAGGCAAUAAGUGAAAGUGUUAUGAAUGUGAGAUUCACCAAAGACAAAGUAUUGGAAAUCCCAACUUUGAAAAUACACAACUACUCUGAGAUUUUAUUCCGAAAUCUGAUGGCACUGGAGCAUUUUGGUUCAACAAGUAUGCGAGUGAGAUAUCUAGCGUCUGAUGUUCGUACAACAGUAUCCACAACUACUUUACUGGCUCACAGUAACAUUGGUUCGAAACACGUUAUGUCUUACGUUUACCUCAUGAAAUCUCUUGUAAGGUCUGCAAAAGAUGCAAGCCAUUUAAUACAGAGGGAGAUUUUGGACAGCAGUUUAUAUAAUGAUGAAGAGAUUUUUCAACUGUUCCAUAAGCUUCAUGUAGAGUUUGAUGUCAAGGAUUUCUAUUAUAGUGGACUUUGUGAGAAAGUUAAUGGAUACAAGAAGAAAACAAUGUGGAAAGUAUGUUGCCAGAAACUCAGCAAUGUAUAUGAAAAGACUUCCUAAGGAAUUGCAGGCUUGACUGUUUUCUCAGUAGUUUCUAUUUUUACUGCAAUUUUAUUUUCUUUACCAGCAUUUUUACUGCACCACUUCUGAGAAAUUUGAGUUUUCAAUCUCCUUUCAUCAUUUUCGUUUUGGUAUACACCAUUAUAUGCAGAUUCCAAAUUAUCCCAUUAAAGGAGUGUUUUUUACCUAGAUUCUCUUCAUUCCACAAGGCUCGAACCCGAGACUUCUGGUUAAGGGUACAGGGAUCUUAUCCAUUCCAUCCCACCACAACCUCAAACCCGAGACUUCUAGUUAAGGAUGAAGAGAUCCUAUCCAUCCCACCACAACCUCAAACCCGAGACUUCUUGUUAAGGAUGGAAGGAUUCUAUCCCCCCCCCCAAGUGAUUCAUGAAAAAGUUGAUGCAGAUUGUAGCCAGACACCUACAGCUCCUAAGAUACAGAAUUGUAAGAUUCCAUUUAGUGAC